AUGUCCAUUAAGGAUAACUCAAGUUACUGGAAACCUCGGCCUGUCUCUCAGUUGGUUGCACAACAGGUUACUCAGCAGUUUGUGCCCCCUACACAGUCAAAGAAAGAGAAAAAAGAUAAAGUAGAAAAAGAAAAAAGUGAAAAGGAAACAGCUAGCAAAAAGAAUAGUCAUAAGAAAACCAGACCCAGAUUGAAAAAUGUGGAUCGGAGUAGUGCUCAGCAUUUGGAAGUUACCGUUGGAGACCUGACAGUCAUUAUUACAGACUUUAAGGAGAAAACAAAGUCCCCGCCUGCAUCUAGUGCUGCUUCCGCAGAUCAGCACAGUCAGAGUGGCUCAAGCUCAGAUAACACGGAGAGAGGGAUGUCCAGGUCAUCUUCACCUAGAGGAGAAGCCUCAUCAUUGAAUGGAGAGUCCCAUUAAAAUUUACUUUCUCCCAUUCCUUAGUUCCUUCUGUCAUACCAUGCAAAUACACAGAUUAUGCCAAGAAGUACCACAUUUUCAUGACAAACAUAUUCAUGUACAAUUCAUAAUUUAAGUUUUACACGAAGUAGAAAUUCGUUAAGAUUUUCUUGCAAUCUAUGCCUGUCAACCAUUUCCAGACUUUACAUAUUUUGGUCUCUGCAGUUAAAGGUGCCAUGAAAAUGUGGUUGAAUUAUUCAUUAUGCAGUGUUAUUGGUAAGUCUAUUUUCACUUUUAGUUUAGUGAAUUCUAACACAUAAUUAUUGAAUUCUCUACUAUUGGCAUGUAAUGAAUUAAAAUUUUUAUAACAUAGUUCAAGCUGCCUAAAUAUGUAUUAUUUGAGAAUUGUGAAACAAAUAGUUAUAUGUAUACAAGUCAAAGAUCAACUUAAUCAACUAUUGCUGCAAUAGGAUUUUUUCUUAAUGGUUAUUCUCUAAAAUACACCUGCUGGUACUUGGUGUGGUUAAAUAGGAAAGUUGUUAUUAAAUAAAGAAUUUGUAUGAACCUUUGCCAAUGUUUUGACACAUUUUACUAAAUUAUUGUUUCUGAAUUAUGUUUCUGGUUUAGUUUAGGUUUUUUUUUCUUAUUUUUCAUGACAUUCAUUUAUUGUAAUGUUUACUAGCAGACUAGUAAGCAAUAAAGCAUUGAUUAUUUAGCUUUAUAAUUCAGGUUUAGUGUUAUUGUCAUUGAACACUGGUAUUUUCUGUAUUACAUAGAAACAUUGAAAAUCAAAUAAUUAUAGGCAUUUGGCAAAAAGAGAAAAGAAACCUGCCAUAUUUUAAAAAUUGCAGUUUUAAAAAAGCUUUAAUUUAAUGAUAGUUUAUCACUGUAUCACUGUUUUCUUGCCCCCAAAUUAUCCAGGGUGAUAGAGGUAUGAAUCUAAUUAAUAUAGACAUGGGAAAUGUUGCACAGAACUGAGAAAUAACUAAUUUUAAAUAAGUUUAAUUGGCCUCAUGUUAAAUAUAAUAAUUCUUAUUCCCUAUUUUCAAACAAAAAUGUCAGAUUAUGCAUUUAUCAAUAUCCUGAAAUGAAAGUAUUUACAGCCCCAGUUACUAUUAUGUAAAAUUACCAAUAAAAUAUUUUUAUGACUACA